AUGCACCGAACAUCACAUACAGGCAUCGUGAAAAUGGCUACAAUCAAGCCCAUAGAGGGCCGUACAGUACACCAGAUCCAGUCCGGCCAGGUCAUCGUCGACCUCUGCUCUGUCGUCAAAGAAUUGGUAGAGAACAGCAUUGACGCUGGCGCUUCUAGCAUAGACGUGCGCUUCAAGAACCAGGGGCUGGACUCUAUCGAAGUGCAGGACAACGGCUCGGGCAUAUCCCCUGACAACUACGAGACCAUCGCACUGAAACACUACACCUCCAAGCUCUCAACCUACUCCGACCUCGCUACUCUCCAGACCUUCGGCUUCCGUGGAGAGGCCCUGUCUUCAUUAUGUGCCCUGUCUCAGUUCAGUAUUGUAACAUGCAUGGCCGACGAUGUUCCAAAAGGCACCAAGCUCGACUUCGAGUCCUCGGGGAAGCUUAAGGAUACGCACGUCGUCGCCUCCCAGAGAGGCACCAAUGUCAUCGUUGAGGGUCUCUUCCACAACCUUCCCGUGCGCCGCCACGAACUACAGCGCAACAUCAAGCGGGAAUGGAACAAGGUCAUCGCCCUCCUGAACCAGUAUGCCUGUAUUCAGACAGGUGUUAAGUUCUCAGUUUCACAGCAGCCCACCAAGGGGAAGCGUAUCGUCCUUUUCUCCACAAAAGGCAAUCCUACCACGCGCGAGAACCUCGUUAACAUUUUCGGCGCCAAGACCAUGACAGUCUUGGUCAAACUCGACUUGCCUCUCGAGUUUGAGCCUACUUCUGGACCCGGGUUGAAGUCUGUUGUUAAGGACAAGCAGGCUUCUACCGAGGUUCGCGUCCAAGGAUACGUGAGUCGACCGGCCCACGGAGAAGGUCGUCAGACUCCUGAUCGACAAAUGUUUUUCGUCAACGGCAGACCGUGCGGGCUACCUCAGUUUGCAAAGGUAUUCAACGAGGUGUACAAGGCGUAUAAUGCAUCGCAGUCCCCUUUCAUAUUUGCAGACAUUCAACUUGAUACCCAUUUGUACGAUGUAAACGUCAGCCCAGAUAAACGCACCAUCAUGUUGCAUGACCAAAACCGCAUGCUGGAGUCUUUGAAGGAAGCGUUAGCGUCUCUAUUCCAGUCCCAGGACUACUCUAUUCCGGCCGCCCAACAGUUGACGCAGAAGGUGCAGCCAAACAGGACAACGACCAUUUCUCAGAACGACGACCCAGAAACUGAUAAUGAAAGCCCGAAACAGACCGCAAGCCCGGCUCCUGGCAAUGGGUCCGGCUCUGGAGACGAUAGCGACAACGAGAACAAGGUUCGACCUGGCUCUCACAACAAGCCAGCCCAGAGGGCUCGUACCUCGAAAUCCAGGACGCUCACUUCUGCGGAGCUCCAGUCACAAAGCUUGAUAAGCCGGUGGGUUGGACGAACAGCAGACGAUUCCACCGUACGGCAUGAGGAACAGGGCACAAGAUCUGAAUCUGAGAGCCCUCUUGCCAAUGAUGAGGACGCGAGGGAUUUGGCGCCGCCUCAUACAACCCAAGUGUCUGGGUCGGAAGACGAGGAGGCCCCUGGGGAACUGCGCCAAUACAAGGCGAGCCAGCCCGAGGCUCGAUCUAUUACCGUUGUCGAAACACCACGACGUGUUCUUGACUUUAAUGCUCGACUUGCCGAGACGGACGACAAGAAUGGCACUGACACUUGCCCCGGCAACGACCUGCGUCCUGGAGAGGGCAAGAAGCAUAACGAACAGGCCCAGAUUCCAGCCAUAACGCCGAUUCGAACGCCACGAGAUGGGUCUCUUGGGUCCUCAUUGACACCUCUGCCACACAAGCGGCCAUCACGGGCCAUUGCGACUGUUACCAUUGGUGACAGCACAGUCACAGACUCCGUCGAAACCACACCUAAGAGAGCAAGGAUUGGGUCGGGGCCGUCAUCCCUGCCGGGACUAACGUCAAGGACGACCGCAUUCAGACCAUUAACGAUGUCCACGACAACAAAUGCCUCCUUUGGCUCACGUCUGACCCAGAUGUUUUCGGCAGCUCAGUCGAGUAACCAGGAAGAGGGCACUCGAAGAAGGGCCAAACUGGCACCAAAAACCGGUCCUGACGCGGACGCAGACUCAGACGACGAAGGGUCCAACAGGGGCAGCCAGCCGAGUGAUUCGUCCCUGGAUGAACCAACGAACAAUGUUGUUGACGAGCAAGGUUCACCGGCCGUUUCAAACGUCGCCGAUGACCUCUCAAGUCCAACGGCCGAAAAGCCGCCAGGUCGCAACAUUGAAUCAGCACAGACAACGACAAAAGACGAUGGUGCAAAUGGUUCUCUCGGGCAACCCAGCGUCACAGAUCACAGAUCACAUAUGCUCAAGGGGGGUAUCAGGCGCAAAGACGCCACUCUACAGCACAGGCAAAACUUGAGGGUGGAUGUAGCCAAUCUGCAGUCUCGCGUUCAGGCGUGGAAAGCAGAGCUCAAGCGUGCCACUCCAGAGCAUAGCCGGUUUACUGGGGCCUCUGUUAUCGAUGCAGAAGAUCCCGAAGAAGUCUUGUCCCUCAUCAUAUCGAAAUCAGACUUCGCCAAGAUGACCAUUGUCGGUCAGUUCAAUCUAGGCUUUAUUAUUGCUGUUCGCCACGCGCCUAGAGAUGAAGAUGGCGGCAUCUCUGGGGACGAUGAACUGUUUAUCAUCGACCAACACGCUUCGGAUGAAAAAUACAACUUCGAAAGGCUGCAGUCGACGACCGUCGUCCAGUCACAACGACUAGUGCAUCCCAAACAGCUGGAUCUUACGGCCUUGGAGGAAGAAAUUAUUAUGGAGAAUAUUCCGGCAUUAGACGUCAACGGCUUCAAGGUCGGUGUAGAUAGCUCAGGCGACCAGCCGGUGGGGUCCAGGUGCAAGCUUCUCGCUUUACCCCUGAGCCGUGAAACGACUUUCACGCUGUCCGACCUUGAAGAGCUCGUAUCUCUCCUUGGCGACCACCACCUGACCGAGACCAGCUCAUCCGUCCCGCGGCCAUCCAAGGUGCGCUCCAUGUUCGCCAUGAGGGCGUGCCGUAGCAGUGUCAUGAUUGGCAAGGCUUUGGCGCAGCGGCAGAUGGAGAAACUGGUCCGCCACAUGGGUGAGCUGGACAAACCUUGGAACUGUCCGCAUGGGCGACCGACGAUGAGGCACCUGAGUGGUCUUGGCCCCUGGGACGGCAUGGGAUGGAAAGAGGCCGAGCCUCGAGUCAGCUGGGCCAAGUAUGCUCGGAAUUGA